AUGACAUCUCAAGCUUUUGAAGAAGGCAGCAAAAAGAGUGGUGCCCUGGAAAGCAAGACGAGUGCAACACACAGCAGUGAGCUGAGAAUGUGGCUGGGGGUCACAGUUCUGAUUUCUCUUGCUGUGUGUAUGGCUGUGGAGGAAGCAACUGAUGAAGGAAUACCUUGUUCAAAGUACCAGCAAGCUUUCAACCAUUCAUGCUACGAGUUUGUUACACUCCAGCAAACCUUCACAAGUGCCCAGAGCUGGUGUGAGAGAGGAGGAGGGCACCUUGUCUUUAUUCAAAAUGAGGAAACUCAAGAGUUCUUGCAAAAACAUAUUGCUGAGGAUCAGGAAUGGUGGAUAGGACUGAUCUCAAACUCCUUGCUGAAUGAAACUACUGAUGGGUCAAUAACUUGGCUGGACACUUCAACUAUAAGCUACAGUAACUGGUACAAGGAUCAGCCAUCUCCCUUCUCAUCCACAUGUGGGUACAUCUUGAAGAAUGCCAAGUAUCAGUGGGGUGUGACUGAAAAUUGCAGCCAGGAAUUUGACUUCAUUUGCGAGUUUGAAUUUGGCCAGAGCAUCGCUUGUGAUAAUUACAACGCCACUGUACAGUGUGGAUCAGGAGAAGUUAUUCAAAUUGAAGAAAGCUUCUAUGGGCGGAAGACCCCUCACUACUGUGUGUCACAGACUCCUCUCCAGUUGGAAACAGAUGAAGGCUGCAGCUGGAUCAGCGUCAGGGAUGAAGUAGCAGGCCAGUGUCACAGUCUGCAGGCCUGCCAGGUGGCAGCAGAUGGCAUUUUCUUUGGAGAUCCUUGUCCAGCUUCAGGAAGCUAUUUGUCUAUUCAAUACCACUGCAAGGAAGGUCUGCAGCUGGUUAUGACAGACACUUGUUUUGUCUUUGAAAAUAUCACUGUCACUUUGAACUGGCUGCUCUCACCAUACUCUGGGAAUCUUUCCUGUACCAUUAGCACUGGAGAUGGUCACACUAUUGAUCCCUACUACCCUCUAACACUGGUCAGCAACCUCACUUACAUGUACUCCUCUCCUGGGGAGUUCAGUGUUUUUGUGGAGUGCACCACGAGCGAGUGGCACGUGAUGGCACAGAGGCAGGUGACUGUCCAGGAUAAGGUGGAUCAGCUCAGCAUUUCUGGGUGCUACUGCCAGUAUGAAACAGGGAACAGCUCCCACUGCCGCACGCUCUAUGGGGAGGUGCUGUGGAUCCAGGUUCAGCUCAGUGGAGGCAAAGGAGUAACCUACAGUGUGUUAGCAGAUAACGUGACACUGACUGAAUCCAGUGCAAAGGAAGGCCUUGUCCCCCAUAACCUGACACUCAACAGUGCCUCUCAAGAGCUGAUAGGCCCAGGGAUACAUCAGCUGGAAAUCCGAGCAUCCAGGAGCACGAAGGCGUCGGAGAUGUCCGAGAGUAUUGCUGUUCAUUUAAUUGAGCCAGUAUCUGGAAUUCAGGCUGCAGUAGCUUCCCACACUCUGCAGCUGGGGGAGGAUUUGGAGGUGAACGUCUCUGUGUCCCACGGUGCCCCAGAGGAGGUGAUGUUUGAGGUGGUUGGAGCCAACCAAACGCACUGGCACAAAGCAGAUGGCCCUGGUGGGGAGCCGCGGGCGUACGGCGUUCCCGUGCCCUCGGAAGGUACUUUUCUAGUGAAAGUGGUGGCCAUGAAUGCCUUCUCAAACAUGAGUCUGGAUCUUGGAUUCAUCACUGUGCUGGCAAACAGUUCCCAUAAAAAAGAUUGUGCUAAGGAAGAAGGCAGAUACAAAACAAAUACCCGAAAGAAAAAUGAUCACAAAAUAUAUAUUAAACCGAGUCGCCAUGUGGAUCCUUUCACGACUGUAACACUUGGCUGGCCAGACAACAACAUUAAUUCCAGUUUUCUCUGGACCUGUGGAGCUUGCUGGCCUGCCUGGAACGAAUGUGUGAAGCAACAGAUAAUCCUAAUCAACCAAAGUGAGGUGCAAAUCCCACCUUCCUGCCUUCCUCCUCCGAAAUCAGCAGUGACUGUCAGGAUUACCAUCCAAACCCAUGGCAGUGAAGAGGGGCAGGAUGAGCAAUGUCUCUAUGUGACUGCAAAACAACAACUGCAACUGGAAAUCAGGUGUGAGGCAAACUGCAACCCAGUGAAUGUUAGUGAUGAAGUUGUUUUGAGUGUCUCUGGAGAGGAGGACUACCAGGCCAUACAUUAUAACUGGUAUUUAGAUAACACAUUCCAAAACAAGUCUACAGCCCUCCCUCCUCCCUGCGGCCUGACUGGUUUCCAGCAGAACUCUUUGAAUUUGCUUCAAAGCAACACAUCCGUGUUGAGGUUGACCAGCUCCUUCUUGCAGACACAGGGAGAAGCUUUUCAGAUUAAAGUAACAGCCCGGCGCGGCUCGCCGCUCACCGCCUUCAGCGUCUCCUGCGGCGCUCCCCAGCGCUCCGGCCGGCCCAGCCCGAGCGGCCAGCUCACCUACUGCUUCUACGUGACACCGGAUUCUCUCCUGGAUUGUAGCCCGCAUCCUGAACUCUUCCCAGUUUAUCUUCCACUUGGAGAAGAGGAAAAUGAUUUUAUUUUACAUGUGACAAUUAUUGUUAGCAACAAAUUUGGUGAUACAGCUCAAACAAAUGCUUCAGUGAAGGUUGGACCUGCAGAUAUGAUGGAUGGGAACCUGACCCUGCAGGCUGUGAUAUCUGAAAAGGCAAACACCAUCCUAAAAGAUGGGAACAACAGCAUGAGUCUUUUCCAGCUUUACAAGUCAGUCACAUCUGUCCUUAAUCAGCAGCUCCAAGAGGAAAGUUUUAACAUGUCCUUAAGCAUGAGUCUUUUCCAGCUUUACAAGUCAGUGACAUCUGUCCUUAAUCAGCAGAUCCAAGAGGAAAGUUUUAACAUGUCCUUGCAGACAAAUACACGAAAAGAGCUCCGAGGGCAGAUGCUGACAACUCUCUCUGUUGUUAACAUAACAUCAAUGCAGACUGCUCUGAAGAUGUCAGAGGUACUGAAAGAAAUCACUUACAGGAGUGAAGAGCUGUCUGUCUCAGCACAGGUGGAAGCCAGCAACACUUUGAAACACGUCAGUGCCUCCUUGCUUGCUGUAAACACAGAGCACCGCAGAGAUGGUCAGGAGUUAAAGGAAGCAGCCAACUAUCUGUUUAAUGCAGUGAGCAAUGUUCUUAAAGCUUCUGUAGAAAACAGAGGUGGGAACACUUCAGUGCCAGAGGCAGAACAGAGUUCAGUGUCACACCAGCUCCUGAGUACAGUUGAAAAUCUCCAGAGUGCCCUUCUGUUUGGGAAGGCACCAGGUGAUGAGCCAACAGUCCUCACCUCUCCCUCUGCCACAAUGUACAUGCACAGAUUACAAACAGAAAACAUGGAUAGCACAUCCAUUAACAUCUCCAGUUCCAGCUCUGCCAGCUUUACUCUCCCACCUGCUUCCUCUCUCAAUGUUUCAGGAGUUGAUGGUGAAACAGUGGAUAUAAGGAUGGUGAGCUUUGCCAUGAAUCCCUUUUUCUCCAGUGACAACAGUUUUGACAUCAGUGGAACAGUGGGAGGUCUAAGCCUGACUGGUCUGGACGGUUUGAUCAUACCAGUCAGCAACCUCAAAGAGAACAUUGAGAUCAUCUUGCCACGGCUUUCAGCAGCUCAGGAAGAUAAGAUUCUAUUGAAGCUGGGCAAUUAUAGUACUUUUCAAGUCAAUGUUACCUCAGAAAACACAUCUAUAGUGAUCCACCUGGAAUCUGAACAUGACAUCCCACUAAUAUUUUACUUGGGGUACGGUUAUCAUCCAAAUGAAACCAACUAUGACAUGAAAAAUCAUCUGUUCUAUAAGAAAACUUCUGCAGGUGAGACAAAUAGCUGGGUUCUCAGCCCAGAAGAACUCAUUUUUGGAGAGGGAACCUACUAUUUCAUGGUUUUACAAGAUACAGGAAUGGAUUCAACAGUCUACAGUGGGCUAACCAUAAAUGCCACUUGCUUUGCAUCCCGCUGUCUAUUCUGGGAUGAGCACCAGGGAGGCUGGAACAGCUAUGGAUGUCAUGUAGGACCAAAAACCAAUCCUAGCAGCACACAGUGCCUCUGCAACCAUCUGACUUUCUUUGGGAGCUCCUUCUUUGUCAUACCCAAUGCCAUAGAUGUCAGCAAAACAGCACAGUUGUUUGGUACAUUCGUGGACAAUCCUGUGGUGGUGACAACUGUAGGAUGCAUCUUUCUGAUAUAUGUGCUUGUAGUUAUUUGGGCUCGAAGGAAAGACAUCCAGGAUGAUGCCAAAGUGAAAAUCACAGUCCUGGAAGACAAUGAUCCCUUUGCUCAGUAUCCUUACCUUGUGACAGUUUUCACAGGACACCGCCGUGGUGCAGCCACAACCUCCAAGGUGACUCUCACCCUCUAUGGUCUGGAUGGAGAGAGUGAGCCCCACCACCUAAAUGAUCCUGAUACACCGGUCUUUGAACGUGGAGGAGUGGAUGUUUUCCUCCUCUGUACCUUCUUCCCUCUUGGGGAACUGCAGAGUAUUAGAUUGUGGCAUGAUAAUUCAGGGGACAGUCCGUCCUGGUAUGUGAAUCGAGUAUUAGUCCAUGAUCUGGCAUGGGAUCAGAAAUGGUAUUUCCUCUGUAACUCUUGGCUAGCCAUUGAUAUUGGAGAAUGUGUCCUAGAUAAAGUGUUCCCAGUAGCAACAGAACAGGACAUGAAGCAGUUCAGCAACCUGUUUUUCAUGAAAACCUCCAAGGGUUUCCAGGAUGGGCACAUCUGGUACUCAGUUUUCAGCCGCUCCCCGCGAAGCUCCUUCACGCGAGCCCAGCGCGUGUCCUGUUGCUUCUCGCUGCUCCUCUGCACCAUGCUGACCAGCAUCAUGUUCUGGGGUGUGCCAAAGGAUCCUGCUGAGCAGAAAAUGGAUUUGGGUAAGAUCGAGUUCACAUGGCAGGAAGUGAUGAUUGGCUUUGAGAGCUCCCUCCUCAUGUUCCCCAUCAACCUGCUCAUUGUGCAGAUCUUCAGGAACACACGACCCCGGCCGGCCCAGCAGGGCAGAGAGAAGAAGCCGGGAAAGAAUGGCCGAGUGUCCCCAAGCCUGCUUCCCACCCCAGGGGCCACCCAGGCUGCCUCCCUCACCGCAGAGGCUGUGACAAAGGACAUAAGAAGAAUUGCCAAUUCACUUUUCAAAGCCCUGAAGACUCCAUCUCUCACCUCAGUACUAGACCUUGAAAAAUCAACUAACAUCAACACACUCCUGUCACUAGUUGAGGACAUCAUCUGUCAGCAGAACAGAGCUGGGCAAGGGUUUUAUGAUGAGAGCAAGAAGGAUGGCCCUAUAACUGUCACAUUGGGUGCUAUGGAUAUCCAAGAAAAAACAAGAAGUCCAACUCCAGAGAAGAGAAUUUGUGACCAGCUGAAGUACAGUGAUUACCAUCGCUGCUUGUACAUGCAACUCCAGCAUGUAGAGAUGGAGCUGGAAUUACUGGGGCCCCAUAAAUUUCAGAUGCCUCAGAGUUACACACAAGCUGUUUGCCAGGUUCAGCACAUGAAGAACCUCCUGGAGAACCAAAUCUGCUCAUCAUCAUCCAUCACUGAGGGGUGGAGCUAUACUCCCAACUUGUCCAGUGAUGACAAGAAAAGUUCUUCUCCCAGAGGGCUGCCCUGGUGGUUUGUGUUCAUUGCUUGGUUCCUUGUGGCAGCCACCAGCGGUGUGUCCGGGUUCUUCACCAUGCUCUACGGACUCCAUUAUGGCAAAGAGAACUCCAUCAAGUGGCUCAUCUCCAUGGUCAUCUCCUUCUUGGAAAGUCUUUUCAUCACACAGCCCUUGAAGGUGUUGGGAUUUGCUGCUUUUUUUGCUCUGGUUCUGAAGAAGGUGGAACAUGAGGAUGAAGAAAACACAGCUAUUGAUGGGCCCUUAUCUGCACAAGGUGAUUCACACCCUCUCUUUGGGGUCCGAAGGGACAGCAGAAGCAAUAUUUACCGGCCACCUCCUGCUGCUGAUGUGGAGAAAAUGAAAAUCAGCUGCAUGAAGGAGCAGAAAGCAUUUACCCUCAUCAGAGAAAUCCUGGCCUAUCUGGGGUUUUUAUGGAUGCUGUUGCUGGUUGCCUAUGGGCAGAGAGAUCCCAAUUCCUACUAUUUAAACAAACACAUUGAGGACAGCUUUACAGAUGGAUUCCACGAUGUCUACAGUUACCAGGAUUUUUUCACAUGGGCGAACACUACUUUACUCAAAAAUCUUUAUGGAUCAUAUAAAGGAUUCAUUACAGAUGGCAAUUCCAAGCUGGUGGGUAGUGCUCGAGUUCGCCAAGUAAGAGUGAAAGGAGACACCUGCCCUAUUUCUCCCAGACUCCAGCACGUAGUUGAGGAAUGCCAUGCUCCAUACUCCUUACAGACAGAGGAUACAACAGUUUAUGGGGAGCACUGGAAUACCUCAGUCUUUGAUAACUCCUCUGACUUCAGCUCAGCAUGGCAGUAUCAAAGUCAGUCCAAACUGAGAGGACACCCCAGCUGGGGUAAAUUUGCCAUCUACAGUGGAGGGGGAUAUGUGAUUCACCUGGGAACAGACCCUAAAAAUGCCUCCAGAAUUCUCCAGUACCUUUUCAACAACGUCUGGCUUGACACCUUCACAAGAGCAGUGUUUGUUGAAUUUACAGUCUACAAUGCCAAUGUGAACCUCUUCUGCAUUAUAAGCCUGAUGUUUGAAAGCAAUGCUUUAGGGGCCUUUUUCACAAGUGCAGAGCUGCAAAGUGUCCGGCUCUACCCCUACACCGACAGCCUCCACAUCUUUGUGGUUGCAGCAGAAGUCAUUUAUUUCCUCUUUAUUGUGUACUACAUGACGGUUCAGGGAAAGCUGCUGAAGAAUCAGGGAUGGAGAUACUUCCAUAGCAAGUGGAAUCUCCUGGAGAUGGCCAUUAUAUUGAUUAGCUGGAGUGCUCUGUCAGUGUUUGUGAAACGGACGGUCCUUGGGACCCGGGACAUCAGCUACUACCAGGAACACAAGGAGGACUCCGUAAGCUUCAGUGAAACGGCGAGAGCUGAUGCAGUUCUUGGCUACCUGAUUGCAUUCCUGGUGCUUCUGUCCACAGUGAAACUGUGGCAUCUGCUGAGGCUCAACCCUAAACUGAACAUGAUCACUUCAACACUAAGAAGGGCAUGGGGUGAUAUCUCUGGAUUCAUCACUGUUAUUGCAAUCAUGUUCCUUGCUUAUUCCAUUGCUGCAAACCUGAUAUUUGGCUGGAAGCUCUGCUCUUACAAGACUCUCUUUGAUUCGGCAGAGACCAUGGUCAGUCUUCAGCUGGGAAUCUUCAACUAUGAGGAGGUCUUGGACUACAAUCCAAUUUUAGGCUCCUUCUUAAUUGGAUCCUGCAUAAUUUUUAUGACAUUUGUGGUACUGAAUCUGUUCAUUUCGGUGAUUCUGGUUGCUUUCAGUGAGGAGCAGAAGCAUUACCAGGCUUCAGAAGAAGAGGAGAUUGUUGAUCUAAUGCUAAUGAAACUCUUCAGUUUCUUUGGGAUAAAAUGCAAGAAGGAAGAGAAGCCAGUCACUGGUGAACAACUGGAACAACCUGUCAGCGAGUGAAUGAAGACCACCUUGAAAAGUCACUUUGCUUGCGGGCAAAGUAUUUAAUUGUUUGCUAUCAGCUGCAGUGGUUAGAGUUAGGUUAGAUUAUAGGUUUAGGUUAUUACAGCUUCUGAUUAAAAUGGUUUUUCCCGAGGGAAUGGCUGGAGCUGUGUCAGGGGAGGUUUGUGUUAAAGAUUAGAAAAAGGUUAUUCAGGUGUUCGAGCACUGAACAGGCUCCCCAGGGAAUGAGCACGGCCCCAAACCUAAGAGAGUUUAUGGAGCAUUUGGACAAUGUUCUAAGGCACAUGUGGGGUUGUUGGGGUGUCUCUGCAGGGCCAGGACUUGGACUUCGAUCCCUGUGGGUGCCUUCCAACUCAGCCUAUUCCGUGAUUCUGGGAAAAUUACGCGGUGUUCACCCCCAAAGUGCUGCCGGCGUGUUAUUCUGGAGAAAUAGCAAAGAAACAGCGGUAACCCUGAGGCGAAAAGUCCCACGUGCACUUGCUGUAGACUCGGCCUGUAUUUAUUUAAUAAACACCGCGCGGC